AUGGCUCCUCCUCGUGCUGAAUGGCUGGCCAGCAGUUUCGCUUGCCUUCUUCUCUACGGAUUCUGGGGAUUUCUGGGAAAGCUGGCGCUGGUGCGCGGUCUCUCAAGCUCACAGGAGGCUGGCCUUGAAAAGCUGGGAUUCUUCCUUACCUUGCCUCUGAUUCUCAAGCCUUCUGCUACUGAUCCCAAUGCGGGCCCCGGUCUCAUGGAACGACCCAAGUUUGCCCUUCUCGCAGCAUACAUGAGUGGAGUAACUGCGGCCGCGGCUGACUUCUUCUACACCCGUGCGAUGAUGAAGGGUGACGGGGGAGCUGUGUCUGCAAUCACGGCAUCCUAUCCGCCAGUGACCAUGGUCUUAUGUGCUACGUUUAUGCGCGAGAAGGUUACAAGGAACAAGCUCAUGGGAUCCUUCUUCACGCUCCUGGGUGCCUUUUUCAUGGCCCGCAGCUGA